AUGGAUGAUGAAGAAUCUCAAAAUAUUGGAACCAAGAUUCAGCCUGUGUCCUCAACUCCAGGGGAACAAAAUUGGACAACUGAGCCUGAAAAGAAACAUCAACAAUCUCCCAUACUGAGUGAGAUGCUGGGCCUCAAUGAACUCUUUUCUUUAGAUGUUUGGCGAGCGUCGAUAGGGGAGCUUCUUGGGACUGCAGUCCUCGUAUUCAUGCUCGACACAAUCGCAAUCUCGACAGUCAGGCCUGACGUCAAAAUGCCGAGCCUCAUACAAUCAGUUUUGGCGGCAAUCACAAUCUCGAUCCUCCUCCUAGCCGUGCACCCUAUUUCGGGCGGCCACAUAAACCCGAUUAUAUCCUUCUCGGCCGGCCUAGUCGGCAUCAUUUCCAUGACUCGAGCACUCGUCUACAUAAUGGCACAAUGUUUAGGGGGUGUUUUGGGUGCACUUGCGCUUAAAGGCAUUGUGAGUAGCUCGGUCGAACAAACUAUAUCGCUAGGGGGAUGCAUUGUAACAGCUGUUGGGCCGGGACCGGAUGGGCACGUUGCAAUAGGCCUAGGGAUGGGCCAGGCCCUCUGGCUCGAGAUCGUUUGUGGUUUCAUUUUCCUAUUUUCCUCGAUUUGGAUGGCGUACGAAUAUAGGCAGGUUGAGGAGUUGGGCCGUGUGCUUGUUUUUGUUAUAGUUGGGAUGGUUUCAGGCCUGUUGGUGUUUGUCUCGUCUGGUGUUACGGCCCAAAAUGGAUAUGUUGGGCUUGGGAUGAACCCGGCUAGAUGUUUUGGGGCGGCUGUUGUUAGAGGCGGGCAUCUUUGGGACGGGCAUUGGGUGUUUUGGGCAGGGCCCGGUAUUGCUUGCGUGGCGUUCUAUUUGUACACGAAGAUAAUCCCGGGCCAGCACUACCGAGCCAAGGCGUAUGAUCACGAUUUUUACAACGUCGUGAAAGUUAUGUUCGGGACACGAUGA